AUGCGGCUCCCUGAUGGGUCAGUGAAGGGAUCAUAUGGUUAUCUGGACCAGAAUAACCAGCCAAGAAUAGUAAGGUAUUUAGCUGGCAAGGAAGGUUUUGUAGCCGAGGGAGACGUGGGGCCUGUGGACUCACCGCCCCCUGCCCCCAAACCCAUUCCACAUCAUUUGGUUGCCAAUAAGCCUCGUCAGUAUCUUCCUCCACAACAGCGUGUUGCCAGUCAACCACCUCGUUACCUUCCUCCACAACAGCGUGUUGCCAGUCAACCACCUCGUUACCUUCCUCCACAACAGCGUGUUGCCAGUCAACCACCUCGUUACGUUCCUCCACAGCAGCGUGUUGCCAGUCAACCACCUCGUUACCUUCCUCCACAGCAGAGUGUUGCCAGUCAGCCACCUCGUCACGCUCCUCAGCAGCAAGUUGUACGUCCCGUCCUUCAACGUGAUUUCGUUCCGGAACCUCAGUUUCAUCUGGAGUCCCCUGAAGAUCUUGGCCCACCUUUCAUCGAUACCUCUCUUCUCUCAUACAACAUCGGUACCAAACAAAGGACAUAG